CUCGAAUUGUUUCGUUUCUUUUCCUAGCGUAUAUAUCAUCCAUACCAACCCAAGUAAUUUUGUGAGCCUUGAAAUUUUAGCCACGCACACAAACGCCGCUCAUUGCUUGCAGAUUAUUUAUCUAGACCGUGUAUUUGCCAUAGCCGCGUGAUACGGUCGUCUGGUAUCUCGGAUCUUGUUCGAAAUAAGAUCACACAAAGAAACCCUUCUACAAACUUGACGACUUUGCAUAGACAGUUUAAUACAUUUGGAAAAAUGAGUGAUGAUAUAUCCUUAUACACAUUACCGAACAGUCAGCCAAUAGUUCAGUUAGAAUGUAAAACUGCUUUUGAUUCUUUGACUCCUAAGGAAAAGUCUUAUGCUCAUUAUCUCAGUCACGCAUCCUGGAAUGGAGGUUUAAUUGUUUUUAUACAAACUUCCCCAGAAUCACCAUUGAUUUUUGCGCUUAUUCACAAAGUCUUCCUUGCUGAAUCUAUAGAUAGUUUAAAGAAAAGUGCUCUUGCUGCUGGUGUUACAAAAGAUGAAUUCACUGCAUUUUUAGUUUAUGUAUGUGGAGUUCUCUCAAAUGCUGGUAACUACAAAGGAUUUGGUGACAGCAAAAUCAUUCCGAAUCUUCCUAUAGAUAAGCUUGAAUUGAUAAUUAAAGAAUCAAAAGCUUACAAGGAAGAUACUUCUAGUUUGAAAUUUUUAUGGGAAAAGAUUCAAGAUGCAAUUUAUUCUUUGGUAGAAGAAGUUAAGUCUUUAGGUUUAGGCUCUAAAGGAAUCUCUACUUAUUUCUCUGCCAAUUGUACAGAUGACGAUGCAAAGCUUGUUAAUGAGUUUAUGCAGAACAAACGCUUAGAAUCUUACAAUGCCAGAUGUUUUAAAACAGAUGUUCAAGGUGAUGGUUACAAAUGUAAAUAUGAGAUAAGAUUGGCUUCAACUGAAACAAGUGACGAUGCCAAAAUAACUCUUGAAGAGACAUAUAAAAAUGCUUUGUUUAAGAUUACCAGAGGAGACUAUGAUCUACUUCUGUUAUCUGUUGUUGAAAAUUUGAAAAAAGCUAAAGAACAUGCAGCAAAUGAAACAGAAGUUCAAAUGAUCAACAAAUACAUUGAACAUUUUGUAACAGGCUCUCUAGAAGAACACAAAAAUGGAUCUAGAUUCUGGAUCAAAGAUAAAGGACCUGUUAUUGAAACUUACAUUGGUUUCAUUGAAACUUAUAGAGAUCCAGCUGGUCAAAGAGGAGAAUUCGAAGGAUUUGUAGCAAUGGUGAAUAAAGAAAUGUCUCAAAAGUUUACCACUUUGGUCAACAGCGCUGAGACAUUACUUCCAAACUUACCAUGGGGUAAGAAUUUUGAAAAAGAUACAUUUUUAAGACCAGAUUUCACUUCAUUGGAUGUUUUAACAUUUUCUGGAUCUGGAAUUCCGGCUGGAAUUAAUAUACCAAAUUAUGAUGAGAUUAGGCAAUCUGAAGGAUUCAAAAAUGUUUCCCUUGGAAAUGUCAUUCCAGCUAGCAUGAAGCAGGAUGUAAUACCUUUUGUAUCGGAAGAAGACCAAGCUCUCUUAAAUAAACACAGAGUAGCAAGCUUUGAAGUUCAAGUAGGGCUCCAUGAAUUAUUAGGUCACGGUAGUGGAAAAUUGUUUAGGAAAAAUGCUGAUGGGACUUUCAAUUUCGAUGAAAAAACUGUAAAGAAUCCAAUCACACAUGAACCUAUUACAAAAUACUAUUUUGAAGGGGAAACUUACGAUUCAGUUUUUGGAGCAUUGGGAUCAUCUUAUGAAGAAUGUAGAGCUGAAGCUGUUGGCUUAUAUUUGAGCUUGGACAAAGAUGUAGUCAAAAUAUUUGGCUAUGAUGGUUCUGAAGCAGAUGAUAUUAUCUAUGUUAAUUGGUUGUCGCUUUUAUGGAAUGGCUGUGCAAGAGCUUUGGAAAUGUACCAACCAUCAUCAAAAAAGUGGCUACAAUCGCAUUCUCAAGCUCGUUAUGUAUUACUUAGAGUUUGUUUAGAAGCUGAUGAAGAUUUUAUCAAAAUUGUUGAAACUGAACCAGGCAAAAACUUGAGAUUAACAAUGGAUAGAAGUAAGAUUCAUACUGUGGGUAAAAAAGCUAUUGGAGACUUCUUGAAGAAGUUACAAGUAUAUAAGAGUACUGCAGAUCUAGAGGCUGCUCAAAAGAUGUAUGAUAAGUAUAGCGAGGUACCAGAGAGUGGUCCACACCCAUGGGCCAAAUGGAGAGACAUCAUUUUAGCACACAAACAACCAAGAAAAAUUUUUGUACAAUCUAAUACAACUAUUGAUGAUGCUGGAAAUAUUCAACUGAAAAAUUAUGAGCCCACUUUUGAAGGACUGAUUCAAUCAUGGAUUGAACGAUUCCCAUCACCCAGUGUUUCUGAUAAACUGAUGAAGUUAUGGAAAAAAGAUGAAAAAUUCUUUCCUUCCACUAUUUUAAAUAAUUGAGUAUUUUCAGUUGCAUUGCAAAUAUAUAUAUAUAUAUAUAUAUACAUACAUACAUACAUACAUACAUACACACACACAUACACACAUACACACACACAUACACACACACGCGCGCACGCGCGCACACACACGCACAUACCUUUGAA